AUGCAGCAGCCUGGAUCUCCACACCACCUGCUGCAGCAGCAUGGAGCUCUACACCACCUGCUGCAGCAGCAUGGACCUCUACACCACCUGCUGCAGCAGCAUGGACAUCUACACCACCUGCUGCAGCAGCAUGGACCCCUACACCACCUGCUGCAGCAGCCUGGAUCUCUACACCACCUGCUGCAGCAGCAUGGACCUCUACACCAUCUGCUGCAGCAGCAUGGGCCCCUACACCACCUGCUGCAGCAGCCUGGAUCUCUACACCACCUGCUGCAGCAGCAUGGACCUCUACACCACCAGCUGCAGCAGCAUGGACCUCUACACAACCUGCUGCAGCAGCAUGGGCCCCUACACCACCUGCUGCAGCAGCCUGGAUCUCUACACCACCUGCUGCAGCAGCAUGGACCUCUAAACCACCUGCUGCAGCAGCAUGGACCUCUACACCACCUGCUGCAGCAGCAUGGACCCCUACACCACCUGCUACAGCAGCAUGGAUCUCUACACCACCUGCUGCAGCAGCAAGGACCUCUACAUCACCUGCUGCAGCAGUAUGGACCCCUACACCACCUGAUGCAGCAGCAUGGACCCCUACACCACCUGCUGCAGCAGCAUGGACCCCUACACCACUGCCUGCAGCAGCAUGGACCCCUACACCACCUGCUGCAGCAGCAUGGACCACUACACCACUGCCUGCAGCAGCAUGGACCCCUACACCAACGCCUGCAGCAGCUAGGACCCCUACACCACCUGCUGCAGCAGCAUGGACCUCUACACCACCUGCUGCAGCAGCAUGGACCACUACACCACUGUCUGCAGCAGCAUGGACCCCUACACCACCUGCUGCAGCAGCAUGGACCUCUACACCACCUGCUGCAGCAGCAUGGACCUCUACACCACCUGCUGCAGCAGCAUGGACCCCUACACCACAUGCUACAGCAGCAUGGAUCUCUACACCAUCUGCUGCAGCAGCAUGGACCUCUACACCACCUGCUGCAGCAGUAUGGACCCCUACACCACCUGAUGCAGCAGCAUGGACCCCUACACCACCUGCUGCAGCAGCAUGGACCCCUACACCACCUGCUGCAGCAGCAUGGACCUCUACACCACCUGCUGCAGCAGCAUGGACCACUACACCACUGUCUGCAGCAGCAUGGACCCCUACACCACCUGCUGCAGCAGCAUGGACCUCUACACCACCUGCUGCAGCAGCAUGGACCUCUACACCACCUGCUGCAGCAGCAUGGACCCCUACACCACAUGCUACAGCUGCAUGGAUCUCUACACCAUCUGCUGCAGCAGCAUGGACCUCUACACCACCUGCUGCAGCAGUAUGGACCCCUACACCACCUGAUGCAGCAGCAUGGACCCCUACACCACCUGCUGCAGCAGCAUGGACCCCUACACCACUGCCUGCAGCAGCAUGGACCCCUACACCACCUGCUGCAGCAGCAUGGACCACUACACAUUUACAUUACAUUUACAUUUAAGUCAUUUAGCAGACGCUCAUAUCCAGAGCGACUACACCACUGCCUGCAGCAGCAUGGACCCCUACACCACCUGCUGCAGCAGCAUGGACCCCUACACCACCGCCUGCAGCAGCUAGGACCCCUACACCACCUGCUGCAGCAGCAUGGACCUCUACACCACCUGCUGCAGCAGCAUGGACCCCUACACCACUGUCUGCAGCAGCAUGGACCCCUACACCACCUGCUGCAGCAGCAUGGACCUCUACACCACCUGCUGCAGCAGCAUGGACCCCUACACCAAUGCCUGCAGCAGCCUGGUGUACUUUGGUAA